AUGACUACUGCGAUGGCAGCUCACCAAGAUUCUAUACAUGAGAGACUUCAACCAACAUCGGAAGAACCAUUAUAUCUUCAUCAUGGAGCGGCAUCUUGGACGACGGAGGCAUCAGAUAACCAAGAAGAUCAUAGCACUGAUAUGUCCCCAUACUACAAUAUGCCUAAAAGAAAUAAGCGAAAGAAUUUCAAGCCCAGGUGCGCUCCUAAUGCUACAACCUUUUCUGAUGACUCUAAUGGAGGAAAUUGUGACAUGGAAAGUCCUGUUAAUGGGAAUGAUAGAACCACACCUGAUCACAUACCUGAAGACGAAACCGAUGAUGCAACCUACGCGAAAAUUGGCGUAAAAAGUUUCAGUCUACUUAAGGGGGGUGCAGUCGAUCUUAGCAGGAGAUUAAGUACGGAUUCAAAUGAAAACAUAGAUUCAAAUUAUCAAAAUAGUAUAAUCGAAGAUAAGAAAGUAGAUUCAUUUCAACGAUCUUAUAUACACAGUCUGCAAAUGAACCAAGAAGCGGAAAGAGAUAGGACAGUUUUAAACUUUAGUAAUUUACAAAAUAAAACAUUUUGUGCCAAAAACCCUUUUGCUAUAUCGCAAUUAAUAAAAACUAACUCACCACCAAGAAGAAGGGAAUCAGAUUCUGAUGAAGACACUAAAGAUCAAGAUAUAAAUGCUAAUGAAAGACUAGGAGAUAAUCAAGAAUCAAUAGAAGUAGGGGAACCUCAACAAAACGGUGAUGUUAAUAAUACUACUAGCAGAAUUUUAAGAGAUUACGCAAUGAAUACUAUGAAGGAGCUUUUAGGAAUAUACGGUUUGUCUUCUAACGAAGUCGCGGACGCUAUUACCGGACAAAUCAGAGCUUUGGAAGCACUCCAAGGUAAACCAUUGACGCAAAUACCUUUAGGACUAAAACGUAGACAUGAUUCCGGUGACGGGAUUGAAAGGACCUUAAGAAGGUCAUCUUCUGCCACUGAAGAUGAAGGGUCUACAAAUAUAACACCGCCUAAAACACCCGAUAAUGACAUAGAAGCUCAAAGGCAAAGAGCAUUACAAAUAAUUAACCAUCAGUCUAUGAGAUUGUUCGGAAGAUUACAAGGUCAGGAAGAAGAUGGCAGUGGUUCCGAUGAUGGUGAACAAACUCUUGAUCUUAGCGUUUCUAGAGAUACGGAUGGACAGGAACAAUCCACGACCUCAAGCACGGGCAAUAGCGUAUCAGAGUUCGAUCAACAAAAUCUUCUGAUGCGGAAAAAUUUGGAAGAUCUGGCUAAUUUGCAAAUGCAGGGCUUUUUUCAAAAACAAUCAAUGAUGGAUGCAGACGACUCACAGGAAAGAAAACUCCAAGCGAGUGGUCUUCUAUCAGCAUUGAAUCACUUGGAUCAAGUGCGGAAAAACUCCUUACAGACGACUGUGGAUUACUCGAGAUACGUAAAAAGGUACAGUUCAACGUUAGAAUGUGGUUCAUCCUAUUGCAAGGAUCUAGGCUACCGAGAGCACUUUCAUUGUAUGGAUUGUACCGCGAGAGUGUUUUGCAAGAAAGAAGAAAUGAUCAGACACUUCAAAUGGCACAAGAAACGGGAUGAGUCGCUAGCACAUGGGUUUAUGCGUUACUCUCCUCUCGAUGACUGCUCCGAACGCUUUAGUGACUGCCCUCACAACAGGAGUCAAACACAUUACCACUGCAUCCAAGAUGGCUGUGAUAAGGUAUAUAUUUCAACGUCAGACGUCCAAAUGCACGCGAACUAUCACCGUAAGGACUCGGCCAUUCUUCAGGAGGGCUUCCAAAGGUUCAGAGCUACUGAAAGUUGCGCCGCUCCUCACUGCAUGUUCGCUGGCCAAAGAACCACACAUUUUCACUGUAGGCGACCGGGAUGCACAUAUACAUUUAAGAACAAAGCUGACAUGGAAAAACACAAAACCUAUCAUAUCAAAGACGAGGCCCUGUCAAAGGAUGGCUUUAAAAAGUAUAUGAAGAACGAAGCUUGUCCUUAUCGCGACUGCAGGUUCAGUCGAACCUGUAACCACAUACACUGCAUCCGACCUCACUGCAACUACGUCCUACACUCAAGCAGCCAGAUCUUUACUCACAAAAGGAAACACGAGAGAAAGGAACAAGAAAUGAGUUUUGGGCUUCCUACAUCAGUAAUACAAAGCGCGUUGAUGCAUCAAGGUGCAGAUCUGAGUCUGUAUUCACCUGGAAGUAAUCUUCAUGGAGAUGAUGAUAUGUCCAGCUCAAUGCUUGAUGAUUAUUCUAAUCCAUACAAUCCAGCGUUAGUAGAAGAAAUUUCUCGAAAAUAUAUAGAAGUUUUUAAUGGUAGCAAGGAGGUUGAGGAUAAAUGUAGCAAAUGCAGCGCUCUUAAUAAGCAUUACCAUUGCUUAUUUGAUAGCUGCAAAAUGGCACAUAGCUGUCAUAAUACUAUGGUUAAGCACGUAUUAGAACAUGAGCAACAAAACCAAGUGACGGACGCAUACUUCAUGACCUUUUCGCGAAGCAACCCUUGCAGUAAUUCUGCAUGCCAGCACAUCAGAGAAAUCACACAUUAUCAUUGCACUUGGGAAAACUGCGGUGCUGUAAUCCUUUCAUCGGAAGAACAUCCAUUCAGACGUUUAGAACACCACCGCCAGCAUGCAAUUUUAAGCCCAAUGUCUCCAAACCUAGCGGCCAGAUUUGCACCAAACUUUACUCCACAACUCUCAGCCCAAUUACACCCGAAUAUGGCGGCGCAGCUCGGUCAGGUGUCAAACUUACCAAAUCUUCCGCCAAACUUGGCUCAACUAGCUCAAAUGGCACCAAGCCUUUCCUCACAACUAACUCCUAACUUACAAGCUCAAUUAAAUCUGGGCCCGAACCCUGGAAUAGUACCUCAGCAAGUUAAUCCGUCUAGUUCUUUAGACGAAAUGUUUAGUAGAAAGAGAGGAAGACCACCGAAAAAUAGAGUGGUCGAAGUUUGGACUGACAAUGUGACUCCUCAAGCUAUUUUCACAUCAUUUAAGUUACCAAAAAGCAAUCAACUACCGCCUGUAGUACAAUCUUCAGUAAUAACUGCUGUUGAAGAAUUUCCUCGCAUCAAAUUCCAACAUUUUGAAGUCUUCACAGCCCCUGAUACCUGUACACAAUAUUAUCCCAACUGUCAACUGCGAAUGACUAGGCUCCAUCUCCAUUGUUUCAACUGUAGCUUCACUGGAGAUACCCACAUUAUAAUGGAAACUCACAUGAGAGAAUCUCAUUCUAUUUCUCCUCUCCUCGAUGGAUUCGAUUAUUUUUCUUCUUUCGAUCAAUGCGGAGGAAAGAGUUGUUAUAAAAACCAAUUGAGAUCUCACUUCCACUGUGCUCAAGGCAAUAACUGCCCGGCAAUUUUAACCCAAUACUCGGCCUUAGCUACACAUAAACAUGGACGAGGAACUCCAGUUAUCAAAAGUGAGAUAGAUCAAGACAAACCAUUCGAAGAAGCCAAAGACUAUUCUACAAAAGACAGAGCAUCUGCAGAUAGUGUCAGUUCUAUGAAGGAACAUAAUGAAUCGUAUACUCCCACUAACUUUUCUAUUAAAAGUGAAUUUGAACGAGAACCAGAUAAUGUUUCGGUAGUAAAAGCGACGGGAACCUUCUACCCAUCAUCGCACCUUAGAAGCAAUACUUCAUCGCCAUCGCCGAGAAGUAUCUACGAUGCAUCGCCAUCAAAGGACAUGAAGCUUCGUAUAGACUUUGAUCAAAAGAGGCCUUUUGAGCCGCCGAAGCUAUCGGGGCCAACAAUACCACCGUCAUGCCAUGAUCAGUCUUGUCCCUUAAAUAAAAACGCUGGGGGAAUGAAUUUACAUUAUCAUUGUCCUCACUGUAGUCAAGCAUACGUUGAUUUGAAAUUACUGUUUAGUCACAUGGUAAAGAAACAUAGCAACAGUAUGGAAUCAGGGCCAGUGGGGCUGCAGGCUACUAAGGAGACCCUGGAAAGAGAAUAUCCAGAGAUUUCAAUAUUACCCUCUACCGCAGCUUCAUCAUCAGCUCCUCAAAUGCCUUCUCCAAGUCAAAGACCACCUAAUCCAGCUGAACAAGUCCAAGCAGUACAGAGCCUACUCCUACAGCAGUAUCUGGCGGGAGGUCGCAAAGGCAGUUUGCAGGAUCAGAUGAAAAUACAACAACAAUACACUGCGUCUUUGGCUGGUUUGCCUGGAUUGGCGCAAGUUGCACUAUUUUCCCAAGGUGGUUCGCCUUUCCCAAUUUACCCAACAAUGCUCUACCCACCUGAACUACUCCUCGAACAGAGUCUUCUCCAAGGUCAUGGAAUACCACCUGGAUUGGACAAAGAAGCAGAAAUGAUUGCUAAAUCCAGGCGCACACACACAACCAGAGGACCUCACAUGCGAGUGAUGAAGGACGAGCCGAUCCCUGAGGGAUAUCUUAGGUUCAGAUUCAAUGAGGAUUGCGCGUACCAACACUGCGGAUAUAGAGAACAUCAAACACACUUCCACUGCACCAGAAAAGACUGCGGCUAUUCUUUCUGCGACAAAACAAGAUUCGUUCAGCACACCGCCAGGCAUGAAAGAUUGGAUACGCUAAUGGGCGGUGACUUCCAACAGUAUCGGGCCAAUGUUUACUGCCAGAGGCCUGAAUGUCCACACGCUACUACAUUUGGAACAGGUCAAAAUAAAGCCUCACACUUCCAUUGCCUCAAGUGCGAUUUCGUUUGCACGGACACUAACAAAGUGGUCGCCCAUCGGCGUCAGCACCAGAAACUCGAUUCGAUUCAAGCCGCUGGCUUCGAGAAAUUUCCACCGAGCAAAGGUUGCGGCUACGAGCCUCAAUGUAUUCACAGUAAGAAACAAACUCACUACCACUGCCUGCAAUGCGGCUUUGCAGUGUUAGGUCUUUCACAAAUGACCUCGCAUAAAUACAAACAUCAGGAAGCAAGCCUUGGACCUUCUACCAGUGCUACCAACUGA